GGGCGGCGGGCUGGAAGGAGACGCUCGCUUUUUGAAUUGGUGUGCCGGGACAAUGGCCGCUUUUUAGAGAGUGGGUUGUGGUGGUGGUGGAGAAAUUGCAGGAAGAAGCGUUUUGGCUUUACACUUUUCCACGUGAUAGUGGUUGUGCCUCUAUGGACUGAACUCAGCAAAACACAGUCCAAGUUUCAGCACCCAGUUUGGCCUCCUUAUUUAGCUCUUGAAGGGAUAUGUGUCUUUGAUCAUGGUGGAAAACAGCAUGCUAAUGUCUGAGAUGGGGAGGAGUCUCUUGGUGGAUUCUUCUAUUCUUGACUCCAAAAUUACGGAGACUUCCAAGGAGAAAAUAUUUACUGCAUCCACUUCAGAUGCUGAAGAGGAAAUGCCUCAGGUUGAAACGAGGGUGAUUGUAGUUCAGGAAGCGGCAAAGUGCAAAGAACUAUUGGAUGCUCUGGAGACUGUUAAGAUAAUGGAAGUUCCAGUUGUAAAGAUAAAGGAAACUAGUCCUGGUAAAUUGGAAGAGAAACUAAUUAAAAGUAUUAUGCAUACGGAAAUCAAAGUACCUUACAUAAAGGCGGAAUCGGUGGAAGAGUACAGGGAUGCUGAGUCACCAGAGUCUGAGACCAUCUUUGUGAUAGCAGACUUCCACGCUUCAGUUUUCAAUGACUUGUACAAGGCAGACUGCAGAGUCCUGGGGCCUCCCAUAGUAAUGCAUUGCGCUAAAAAAGGCAUGGCUCUGCCUUUUUCGUGUCGUCCGCUGUACUGUGCCAGUAUGCUGAAUCUUGUUUUAUGCUUCACUGGGUUCCGAAAGAAAGAAGAGCUGGUUAGACUGGUGACUUUGGUUCAUCACAUGGGAGGGAUUAUUCGAAGGGAUUUAAGUUCCAAAGUUACACAUCUGGUGGCAAAUUCUACGCAAGGAGACAAAUUCAGAGUAGCAGUGAGUCUGGGCACACCAAUUAUGAAAGCUGAGUGGAUUUAUAAAUCUUGGGAGAGAAGAAACGAAAUUGACUUCUGUGCUGCUGAUGAAGAAUUCAAGAAUGAAUUCAAAGUCCCCCCAUUUCAGGACUGCAUGUUAAGUUUCCUUGGGUUCUCCAAUGAAGAGCAGAAGAGUAUGGAAGAGAUGACAGAAAUGCAAGGUGGACAGCAUUUGCCUGUUGGUGAUGAAAGAUGCACCCAUCUAAUAGUGGAAGAAAAUACAGUAAAAGACCUUCCAUUUGAGCCAUCUCAGAGCCUCUACGUUGUAAAGCAGGAGUGGUUUUGGGGGAGCAUUCAGAUGGAUGCCAGAGCUGGAGAAUCGAUGUAUUUAUUUGAAAAGGCAGACAGUCCCGAGCUCAAAACGUCUGUCUCCCAACUUUCUCUGAGUACCCCGAAUAGCAACCGGAAGAGGCGUCGCUUAAGAGAGACUCUCGCUCAACUGACCAGAGAGACGGACAUGUCUCCCUUCCCACCUCGUAAGCGGCCAUCAGCGGAGCACUCGCUUUCCAUGGGAUCCCUGCUUGAUAUUUCAAACACUCCAGAAGCGAGUUUAACCAGUGGAGAAACUCCAAAGUUGUCAUGUAUGAAGCCAUCUAAAAACUCGACUCCUCUUCCUCCAAAGCAGUCUGCGAGAUGGCAGGUUGCCAAAGAGCUGUACCAAACGGAGAGCAACUAUGUCGAUAUCCUGACAACCAUAAUCCAGGUCUUUCAGGUUCCGUUGGAAAAGGAAGGACAGCUUGGAGGCCCCAUCCUUGCCCCAGAAGAAAUUAAGACCAUCUUUGGCAGCAUUCCUGACAUCCUUGAUGUUCACAUCAAGAUAAAGGAGGACCUUGAAGAUCUAAUGAUAAAUUGGACUGAGAGCAAAAGCAUUGGGGAUAUCAUUCUUAAAUAUUCCAAAGACUUGCUGAAAACAUACCCUCCCUUUGUGAACUUUUUUGAAAUGAGCAAGGAGACUAUUACCAAGUGUGAAAAACAGAAGCCGAGGUUUCAUGCUUUCCUGAAGAUAAAUCAGGCUAAGCCGGAAUGUGGACGCCAGAGUUUGGCAGAACUUCUCAUCCGACCUGUCCAGAGGCUGCCUAGUGUUGCUCUCCUUCUUAAUGACCUUAAGAAACACACUGCAGAGGACAAUCCAGACAAGGCAACACUAGAGAGAGCCAUUGAGUCACUGAAAGAAGUGAUGACGCACAUUAAUGAAGAUAAAAGGAAAACAGAAGGUCAGAGGCAGAUCUUUGAUGUCGUGUAUGAAGUAGAUGGCUGUCCAGCUAAUCUCUUAUCAUCUCACCGAAGUCUAAUUCAGCGCCUGGAAACUGUGGCACUAGGCGAUGACCUUUGUGACAGAGGGGAGCAGGUCACCCUGUUCCUUUUCAAUGACUGCCUGGAGGUUGCCAGGAAGCGGCACAAAGUCAUUGGGGGCUUCAAGAGCCCUCACGGCCAGACUAGGCCACCUGCCUCGCUCAAGCACAUCGUCCUCAUGCCCCUGUCGCAGAUCAAGAAAGUCCUGGACAUCCGAGAGACAGAAGACUGCCACAAAGCAUUUGCGUUGGUUGUGCGGCCUCCCACCGAGCAGACGAACCUGCUGUUCAGCUUCCAGAUAACUACUGAGGAACUCCCCAAGGAGGACUGGCUGAGGACGCUCUGUCGGCAUGUGGCCAACACGAUCUGCAAAGCCGAUGCUGAAAAUCUUAUUUAUGCUACUGAUCCAGAUUCCAUUGAAGUAAACACAAAAGAUAUGGACAGUACAUUAAGCAGGGCAUCCCGGGCCAUAAAGAAAACAUCCAAAAAGGUUACCCGAGUGUUCUCUUUCUCCAAGACACCCAAGAGAGCCCUUCGAAGAGCUCUGAUGGCACACAGCAGUGCUGAAGGCACAACUAGCGAGAAUUACUUAGGGGGACGCCUGGCCAGUAUGUCGUCACUCACUGGCAUGCACUCACCUUCCCUGGUCAACCUUCCAUCAGCAUUUGAGAAAAGAAGCCAUACUUUAAGUCGAUCAACAACUCACUUGAUAUGAAAUGGGAGGGAAGAUGGAGCCGUGACUUAAAAUCAUGACUGACAACCCUGGCCUUGCUGUUCAAGCGACCAGUUACUGACAUGAAUGGUGGUACUUAGUUAGCACUUAGUGGACAGUUAGCAAGUUUUUUAGAUAAUACUAAACUAAUCACCAAGAAUUGUCUGAUUUGUCCAGAAAACAAAUGGGAGGACUGGAACUUGGUAUGGAUAUAGGUUUAUUUUGCACAGAUUACCCUAUUACAGGAUGGAAAUAUAUAUAUAUUUUCUCAGUGUAAAAGACUUCUUAAAUAAAGCAGCAUUGGAGACGUUUACUAAAUAAAUAAAAUGAGUAACUUUAGCAGUUGCUCACUGAUACCUCUGCUGGCUAAGAAAAGUGGGGUUUGCUUUUGAAAUGGGCUUUGUAUAUUUAUCAGUUGGAUGCAUUUAACGUAACUAAUGCACAGACCAAUGUUUUAAAUGCUUCGUACUUCCAGCAUUUGCAUGAAACCUAUGUUUAUAGACCAUCUAAGUAGGUUUAUGGAAGCAUGACUUGCUUCUGGCAUAGUGACACUGCGUUGUUGGUCUGAUAGAAAUGUGCAACGUUUUCACCUAUGUAUAAAUUGAUCCAAUCUCAUUUAGCUGCUAGGAAUAAUUUUGUCCAACAAAAUGGCAAAGCCCCUCCAGGAGAAACAAUCACUGUAACUGUAUUUAUAGUCCUUGAAAGGAGACCCAAUUUUAAAAGUGAUCUCCAAGACUUAGUGAAAUACUUUAUAUAUAUAUAUAAAAGGCACAGAUAUAUAUACACAGACAGUUCAUGCACAGAUUUUGGUAUGAAGACGUAGAGCUGACUUCAUUAUCGCUGCUAUUUUUUAAAAAAUCCAUAGGCUUUCAUUUAAAAUUCACCCUAUUUCCCCUAUUCUUCUAUUUUCUUUGUAAUUUAAGGUUUCAGAACAAGUUCUACACUCUAGAAAUGAAGUUUCUGCAUGUCAUUAACUUUGUUUCUUGUUGCCUAUAUUUAGAGAUGAGUAGGCGGAUGGGACUUUUGAUUCUUUUAACUACAGCUACUUACUUGUAUGUAUAAAUUGUGCCACUUCUGUAUCUUUUUCACAUUCUGUAUUGGCAGGAACUUUGUAAAUAAAUUGAACUGUUGACAUUG